CUCUGCUCUCACCAUCUCUCUCUCUGAGAAGUGGUGGAUGCAUGAGGGACGAUGGAGCAGGGCAGCAGCCGCUUGGAGGACUUCCCUCUCAAUGUGUUUUCCGUCACUCCUUACACACCCAGCACCGCUGACAUCCAGGUGUCGGAUGACGACAAGGCAGGGGCCACCUUGCUCUUUUCAGGCAUCUUUCUGGGACUGGUGGGGAUCACGUUCACCGUCAUGGGCUGGAUCAAAUAUCAAGGCGUCUCCCAUUUUGAAUGGACGCAGCUCCUUGGGCCAAUCCUGCUGUCAGUCGGGGUGACCUUCAUCCUGAUUGCUGUGUGCAAGUUCAAAAUGCUCUCCUGCCACUUGUGCAAAGAAAGUGAGGAAAGGGCUCUGGACUCGGACCAGACACUGGGAGGACAGUCGUUUGUUUUCACUGGCAUCAACCAACCCAUCACUUUCCACGGGGCCACGGUGGUGCAGUACAUCCCUCCUCCUUACGGCUCUCAGGAGGCCAUGGCCAUGAACACCACCUACUUGCAGCCCGUGGUGAACCCUUGCGGCCUCCUACCCUCUGGCAUGCCGAGCCCUCCUCAGUACUGCACCAUCUACCCCCAAGAUAACACUGCAUUUGUGGAUGACGAGGACUACCCUCCUUUCGUGGAUGGUGAGACCAACAGCCUCAGUCCCAACGUGGAUCAGCCAGAAGAGACACAGCUGGAAAAUGACGACUGUGCCUGCUUCUCUCCUCCUCCCUAUGAAGAAAUCUACUCCCUCCCUCGCUAAGGGGGAAAGCAUUUCAGCCACUGUGACCUGGCAGCUGAAGGGUCUGUGCUGUGACCUUCAGAAGUUAGUCAGAAGGGCAGACCUGGCAGCCUGGCAGAUACCCUUCGAGGGGAGAGGAAGCGGGGAGGGAAAAUGUCUCAUAUUGGUGAAAAUCAGGCUGGGCUAAGGAGCUCCUCUCCUGUGCAGUUUUGAAUCCCUCCGGUAAGAAAUCUCUGCACCAGUUCGGAAGCAGGAAUCUCACCUGUCUAUACCCGUCAACCCCCUGUAGGAAGGUACUGGUAUCUCAGUUUCAACUCUAGCAGCCAAAUGAAAAGUCACCACCUUUGGAUAAUCAGGGAGUUUCCAUUGUGCUGAGAACAGGAGUGUGAAGGGGUCAGGGAAGAGAAAGCAGGUGAAGCUGGAGAACUUCCCAGCACCUAUGACAACUUGGUUGCCGUAUGGUUCCCUUAAAGACGCUGGGUAUCUUAAAGGCUGCAAUAACAUUAAUACGAUGGACUAAAAUAAAACUAAAGAAUGUUGGGAUCAGCAGGUGGCCUGGUCGUUAAGGCACUGGUCUC